UGCGGUUGGGCUUGGGGUCUACGUGUGGGAGCUUCACUUUUACCGGUUUGGGCUCAGAGGCCGUGCAGGUGAGAUAAUAAGCUCAGAAAGGCAAACGUCGCCGCUGCAGAGGUCGGGACGAGUGCUGCACCUACAGCCGCUGUCUGGGAUCGGAAAGAAUGUUUCACGUUUUCUCGGUAGUGGAAGUUUACGAAGUGCUUUUUUCCUCCUUCAAUUCGUAUUAAUCCCAAAACAGCACUGUGUGUGAGGAGGCGUGCCUCCAGUUCACAGCUGAGGAAAGAGAUUCAGAGAAGUUGUGAUUUCUCCAAAGACACUGCUAGUAGGUACAGAGUUGGACCUUAGACUGUUUUCUAAAGCCAGAUCCGGUAUCCUUUGCUUUGCAUCCGGAUUGCAGACGCGCUUCUUGACGAAGAUGAGUGGGGAGUGGGCAUUUGUUGUCUAUUCUCAAAUCUAGAGUACCUCAGUAGAGCGAUGAAGGCACUUCAGCUACACACAAAAGAUGGGAGAGGAGGCCAAUGAUGACAAGAAGCCAACAACAAAAUUUGAACUAGAACGAGAAACAGAACUUCGUUUUGAGGUGGAGGCGUCUCAGUCAGUUCAGUUGGAGCUCCUGGCUGGCAUGGCAGAAAUAUUUGGUACAGAGCUGACCCGAAACAAGAAAUUCACCUUUGACGCUGGUGCCAAGGUGGCUGUUUUCACUUGGCAUGGCUGUUCUCUGCAGCUGAGCGGCCGCACUGAGGUGGCUUAUGUCUCCAAGGAUACCCCUAUGCUGCUUUACCUCAACACGCACACAGCCUUGGAGCAGAUGCGGAGGCAGGCAGAGAAGGAAGAAGAACGAGGCCCCCGGGUGAUGGUAGUGGGCCCCACUGAUGUGGGCAAGUCCACAGUGUGCCGCCUGCUGCUCAACUAUGCAGUGCGUUUGGGCCGCCGCCCGACUUACGUGGAGCUGGAUGUGGGCCAGGGCUCUGUGUCCAUCCCGGGUACCAUGGGGGCCCUCUACAUUGAGCGGCCAGCAGAUGUUGAAGAAGGCUUCUCUAUCCAGGCCCCUCUGGUCUAUCAUUUUGGCUCCACCACUCCCGGCACCAACAUCAAACUUUAUAAUAAGAUUACAUCUCGUCUGGCAGAUGUGUUCAACCAAAGGUGUGAAGUGAACAGGAGGGCCUCUGUGAGUGGCUGUGUCAUUAACACCUGUGGCUGGGUCAAGGGCUCUGGCUACCAUGCCCUGGUGCAUGCAGCUUCAGCUUUUGAGGUAGAUGUGGUGGUGGUUCUGGAUCAAGAACGGCUGUACAACGAACUGAAACGGGACCUGCCCCACUUUGUACGUACUGUGCUCCUCCCUAAAUCAGGGGGUGUGGUUGAACGCUCCAAGGACUUCCGGCGGGAAUGUAGGGAUGAACGUAUCCGUGAGUACUUCUAUGGAUUCCGAGGCUGUUUCUACCCCCAUGCCUUCAAUGUCAAGUUUUCAGAUGUAAAAAUCUACAAAGUUGGGGCCCCCACUAUCCCAGACUCCUGUUUGCCUCUUGGCAUGUCUCAGGAGGACAAUCAACUCAAGCUAGUACCUGUCACCCCUGGCCGAGAUAUGGUGCACCACCUCCUGAGUGUUAGCACUGCUGAGGGCACAGAGGAGAACCUUUCAGAGACAAGUGUUGCUGGCUUCAUUGUGGUGACCAGUGUGGACCUGGAGCAUCAGGUGUUUACUGUCCUCUCUCCAGCCCCCCGUCCACUGCCUAAGAACUUCCUUCUUAUAAUGGAUAUCCGAUUCAUGGAUCUUAAAUAGAGAUCAGCAAGAAGCCUUGCUGCCUGGGACAUAGAGAUCUUGUGACCGUCACCAAAGGCAGGUGGGCUGAGGUAUGAGAACCUGUUGAGGCCAGGCUGACCAGUAAAUGGUGGACUAGUAGAAAACGUAUUCUACCUCUUAAAACACAUGGUAGGUAACCUGACUAUUCUAGUCUUGAACCAAAAGGAAAAACCAUCACCUAAGAUGCCAAUUUGAAUUCUCCAAGACCAUGAAUAAUCCUUUAUCAUUCACUGUGCUAUUAAUAUGGGGACUAAUUUUUAGGAGGGAUUUUUUAAAUUUCUACUUUAUAGUCUGUUUACAGCACUUGCUAUCUCAUUAAUGCAAGAUGAAAGUGUGACUUAGAGUGACUCCAGUAAAGUUCAAACUUGGAAAAAAAUGUAUUUUAAUAAAUAUUUUUGCCACAUCA